UUCAUCCUUCUCCUCCUCUCUACCAGCUGAAACUCAGGAGCGCCGCCGAUCGGUACCGACACCUCUCAAGCGAGCUAAAGCCAAGAUGGAGGGUCCGUGCUCAGUGAGUACAGGAACGAGUCCCCGCACGCCACUCUUUGCUUUCAAAUGAAGAGGAUUUAUUCCCGACCAGUCACUUGAUAUCGGAAAAUCGACACUGAUCCGUUUGUUUGGGGAGUUUUGUUGCGGGAGAAUCAUUGAUCCGAGGAUGAGUUCAGGGGAGGGAGAGGACACAUCUAAGGAGGCGGCCGACAUAGCGGCGUUUUUUAAAUCCGAAUGUUCUCUUCCAAAAUGUGAACCCAAGCUUGAGUUACCCAGUCACACAGGGUUCCACAGAAAUGAAGACAUGAAGGCCAUUGAAGUUCUUCCCAUCCUUAAAGAAAAGGUGGCAUUCUUAUCAGGUGGAAGAGAUCGCCGUGGAGGGCCAGUCCUUACAUUUCCAGCCAGGAGUAACCAUGACAGAAUACGACAGGAGGACCUCAGACGACUUAUUGCGUACCUUGCAGGCAUUCCCAGUGAGGAGGUGAGCAGACAUGGCUUCACGGUCAUCGUGGAUAUGCGAGGAUCCAAAUGGGACUCUAUCAAACCUCUGCUGAAGAUCCUACAGGAAUCGUUUCCCUCCUGCAUCCACGUCGCUCUCAUCAUCAAGCCUGACAACUUCUGGCAGAAACAGAGGACGAAUUUCGGCAGUUCCAAGUUUGAAUUUGAAACCAUCAUGGUGUCCCUUGAGGGUUUGACCAAAGUGGUUGAUCCUUCCCAGCUGACUCCAGACUUCGAGGGCAGUCUGGAUUAUGACCACGAGGAGUGGAUCGAAGUUCGAGUGGCCUUUGAAGACUUCACGAGCAAUGCAGCUCGCAUCCUUUCCCGUUUGGAAGAGCUCCAGGACUUGGUGUCCCAGCGGGAGCUGCCGUCAGACCUGGACGGGUCUCGGCGUGCUAUGGAGGAACACGCCUCCCUGAAGAAAAAGGUUACUAAAGCUCCUGUGGAGGAGUUAGAUGCUGAGGGUCAACGCCUGCUUCAACGAAUCCAGUGUGGGGAAAAAGGCAGAGGAGAUAUCCAGGGAUUAGCUCCAAAAGUCCAGGCACUUCUGGAUAAACUCCACGCCACACGACAACAUCUGCACCAAUCCUGGCACAUGCGCAAAGUCAAACUGGAUCAGUGCUUCCAGCUGAGACUCUUUCAGCAGGAUGCAGAGAAGAUGUUCGAUUGGAUCGUCCAUAAUAAAGGCCUGUUCCUGACAACCUACACAGAGAUAGGACCCAACCAUCAGCAUGUGCUCGAGCUGCAGACCCAGCACAAACACUUUGCAAUGAACUGCAUGAAUGUGUAUGUGAACAUCAGUCGGAUCAUGUCCGUGGGGAACAGGCUGCUGGAGUCAGGUCACUAUGCAACCCAGCAGAUUCAGCAGAUCUCAGGUCAGCUGGAACAGGAGUGGAAAGCGUUUGCCGCUGCACUGGAUGAGAGGAGCACGCUGCUGGAGAUGUCUGCUAACUUCCACCAGAAAACUGACCAGUAUAUGAGCAACAUGGACUCAUGGUGUAAGGCCUGUGGAGAGGGAGAACUUCCUUCUGAGCUACAGGACCUGGAAGACACCAUCCACCACCACCAGGGUCUCUAUGAACACAUAACCACUGCCUAUUCUGAGGUAAGUCAGGAUGGCAAAGCCCUACUAGAUAAGCUACAACGGCCUUUGACCCCAGGGAGUGCAGAUUCGCUGACAUCCUCGGCUAACUACUCCAAGGCGGUGCACCAUGUUCUGGAUAUCAUUCAUGAGGUUCUGCAUCACCAGAGGCAGUUGGAGAAGUCAAAGUCCUCCCCCCAGUUGAGCACAAAAAUCGUUUUUAAAGAAUCUCCACAUACGAAAAGGACAAAAACCAUAAAAGUAUCCCAUAUGGAAUGCGGGCUCUAUUCCAAUUAUAUGGACAACUUUUAUGGUUCUUUUAUAGUUCUAGAUUGGAUUGAAAACCAUGGUGAGGCAUUCCUUAGUAAGCACACAGGAGUGGGGAAGUCUCUGCACCGGGCUCGAGCAUUACAGAAACGUCAUGAGGACUUUGAAGAAGUGGCUCAGAACACCUACACGAAUGCAGACAAACUCCUGGAGGCGGCAGAGCAGCUGGCUCAGACAGGCGAGUGUGACCCUGAGGAGAUCUACCAGGCCGCACACCAGCUGGAAGAUCGUAUCCAGGACUUCGUAAGACGCGUUGAACAACGCAAAGUCCUGCUCGACAUGUCUGUGGCCUUCCACACUCACAGCAAAGAGCUGUGGACAUGGUUGGAGGAGCUUCAGAAGGAGUUGCUGGAUGAUGUUUAUGCUGAGUCAGUGGAGGCCGUGCAGGAGCUGAUCAAACGUUUCGGUCAGCAGCAGCAAACCACCCUGCAGGUCACCGUCAACGUCAUUAAAGAAGGGGAGGAUCUCAUCCAGCAGCUCAGGGACUCUGCGAUCUCCAGCAAUAAGACUCCUCAUAACAGCUCAAUGGCUCACAUCGAGAGUGUCCUGCAGCAGCUGGAUGAGGCCCAGGCUCAGAUGGAGGAACUGUUUCAGGAACGGAAGAUCAAACUAGAGCUCUUUCUCCAGCUCAGGAUCUUUGAACGAGAUGCCAUUGAUGUCAUCUCAGAUCUGGAGUCAUGGAAUGAGGAGCUGUCCCAGCAGAUGAAUGAGUUUGACACUGAGGAUCUGACGCUAGCUGAGCAGAGACUGCAGCAUCAUGCCGAUAAAGCUCUCACCAUGAACAACCUCACCUUCCACGUCAUACACCAGGGACAGGAACUCCUGCAGUACGUCACAGAAGUUCAGGCCUCAGGUGUGGAGUUGUUGUGCGACCGUGAUGUUGACAUGGCGACGCGGGUGCAGGACCUGUUGGAUUUCCUGCAUGAGAAACAGCAGGAGCUGGACGCAGCCGCAGAGCAGCACAGGAGACACCUGGAGCAGUGCGUGCAGCUCCGCCACUUACAGGCCGAGGUCAAACAGGUGCUGGGUUGGAUCCGUAACGGGGAGUCAAUGCUUAAUGCAGGUCUCAUCACAGCCAGCUCUCUACAGGAGGCAGAACAGUUACAGCGGGAACAUGAGCAAUUUCAGCAUGCUAUUGAGGUACCAAACAAUCUUUUUUAUUAUUGCCUCUUUCAGACAUCUACAGGUGUGUGUAGUGUGCUGGAAAGUUUAGAGCAGGAAUACAAACGAGAGGAAGACUGGUGUGGAGGGAUUGAUAAACUGGGACCAAACUCCGAGUCUGAUCACGUGACGCCCAUGAUCAGUAAACACCUGGAGCAGAAAGAGGCCUUCCUCAAGGCAUGCACACUAGCAAGACGCAAUGCUGAUGUCUUCCUCAAGUACUUACACAGAAACAGUGUGAAUAUGCCGGGAAUGCUCGCACAUGUCAAGGCCCCUGAACAACAAGUCAAGAACAUCCUGAAUGAGUUGCUGCAGCGGGAGAACCGGGUUCUGCACUUCUGGACCAUGAGGAAGAGAAGGCUUGACCAGUGUCAGCAGUAUGUGGUGUUUGAACGCAGCGCUAAACAGGCUUUGGAGUGGAUCCAUGAUACAGGAGAGUUUUACCUAUCCACACACACCUCCACUGGCUCCACUAUACACCACACACAGGAACUGCUGAAAGAACAUGAGGAAUUCCAGAUUACAGCCAAGCAAACCAAAGAGCGGGUAAAGUUGUUGAUCCAGCUGGCUGAUGGUUUUUGUGAGAAGGGCCACUCCCAUGCGAGCGAGAUUCAGAAAUGGAUCGCCUCGGUGGACAAACGCUACCGUGACUUUUCCCUCCGCAUGGACAAGUACCGUUCCUGCCUGGAGAAAGCGCUCGGCCUGUCCACUGACUCCAACAAAGCGAGUAAAGAUCUGCAGUUGGACAUCAUUCCAGCCAGUGCUCCUGGUGCAGAGGUCAAGUUCCGAGAUGCCAACCAUGAACUCAAUGAGGAGAAGCGGAAAUCAGCCCGCAGAAAAGAGUUUAUAAUGGCGGAGCUCAUUCAGACCGAGAAGACAUAUGUGAGAGACCUGCGGGAGUGUAUGGAUACAUAUCUGUGGGAGAUGAGCAGUGGUGUGGAGGAGAUUCCCCCAGGGAUUGUCAACAAAGAGCACAUCAUUUUCGGCAACAUGCAAGACCUAUUAGAGUUCCAUCACAAUAUUUUCCUUAAAGAACUGGAAAAAUAUGAGCAGCUUCCAGAGGAUGUGGGUCACUGUUUCGUCACAUGGGCGGAUAAGUUUCGGAUGUAUGUGAAUUACUGUAAGAACAAGCCUGACUCCACCCAGCUGAUUCUGGAACACGCGGGGACCUAUUUUGAUGAAAUCCAACAGAGACACAGGCUGGCUAAUUCCUUAUCAUCAUACCUUAUUAAACCUGUUCAGAGGAUCACCAAGUAUCAGCUUCUGUUGAAGGAACUAUUGACGUGUUGUGAGGAGGGUAAAGGAGAAAUUAAAGAUGGCCUGGAGGUUAUGCUUAGUGUGCCCAAAAAAGCUAAUGAUGCUAUGCACCUCAGCAUGCUGGAGGGUUUUGAUGAGAACAUUGAGUCUCAGGGUGAGUUGAUUCUGCAGGAGUCAUUCCAGGUUUGGGAUCCAAAGACUCUGAUUCGUAAGGGCAGAGAGCGGCACCUCUUCCUCUUUGAGAUGUCUCUCAUCUUCAGCAAGGACGUCAAAGACUCCAACGGCAGGAGCAAGUACCUCUACAAGAGCAAGCUCAUGACCUCACAACUAGGAGUUACUGAACAUGUGGAAGGAGAUCCAUGUAAAUUUGCACUCUGGCUUGGACGGACACCUACCUCAGACAACAAAAUAGUCCUAAAGGCUUCAUGUAUCGAAAACAAACAGGACUGGAUUAAACAUGUACGCGAAGUUAUCCAGGAGCGUACCAUUCUUUUAAGGGGGGCACUCAAAGAGCCAAUCCACAUUCCCAAAGCCACUGCAACCAAACACAAGGGCAAACGGGAUGGAGAGGACCUAGACAGUCAGGGUGAUGCAAGCAGUCAGCCAGACACCAUCUCCAUCGCCUCCCGCACCUCCCAGAACACACUGGAUAGCGACAAGUUGUCUAGCGGCUCAGAGUUGACGGUGGUCAUCCACGACUUCAUGGCCAGUAAUGGAUCGGAGUUGACUGUACGCAGAGGUCAGACGGUGGAGCUGGUAGAAAGGCCCCAGGACAAGCCCGACUGGUGUCUGGUUCGCACCACUGACCGUUCACCUGCCCAGGAGGGCCUGGUUCCCAGCUCUAUGCUUUGCAUCGCCCAUUCCCGAAGUAGUAUGGAGAUGGAGGGCAUUUUCAACCAUAAAGACACGCUCUCAGUCUCCAGUAAUGAUGGAGGACUUUCGGGCAGUGCCACACUGCAGCCGGGUCAUUUGCAGAGCUCUCCUGGACCCAAACGGCCCGGAAAUACUCUGCGCAAGUGGCUGACCAGCCCCGUCAGACGGCUCAGCAGUGGUAAAGCAGACGGCCAUGUGAAGAAACUUGCACACAAGCACAAGAAGAGUCGAGAUGUCCGCAAGAAUGCAGACGCUGGCUCACAGAAAGACUCUGAUGAUAGUGCCGCCACACCACAAGAUGAGACCAUAGAGGAGAGAAUGAGAAAUGAGGGAUUGAGCAGUGGCACUCUGUCUAAGUCUUCCUCCUCAGGGAUGCAGAGCUGUGGUGAGGAGGAGGGGGAGGAAGGGCCAGACUCGGUUCCCCUGCCGCCCCCUAUGGCCAUCCAACAGCACAGCCUUCUGCAUCAGGACUCCCAGGAGGACAAGGCUACCUCUCGUCUGUCUGGACGUCCCAGCAGCUCAGAGACACCGAGUGCAGCCGAACUGGUCAGCGCCAUUGAGGAACUCGUCAAGAGCAAAAUGAGUCUGGAGGACAGGCCUAGUUCUCUCCUUGUUGAGCGAGGAGAUAGCAGUAGUCCUUCUUUCAACCCAUCAGAUAACUCCUUCCUGUCUUCAUCCUCUCCCAUCGACGACAUGGGCGAAUGCAAGACUGGCUUCCUCAAGAGACGACACUAUGUACUGCUGGAACUGGUGGAGACAGAGAGAGACUAUGUGAGAGACCUUGGUGCAGUCGUGGAGGGCUACGUGAGCAGGAUGAGGGAGGAGGGUGUACCCGACGACAUGAAAGGCAAAGAUAAGAUCGUCUUUGGGAACAUUCAGCAGAUUUAUGACUGGCAUAAAGACUUCUUUCUUGGUGAACUAGAGAAGUGCUUGGAAGACCCAGAUAGGCUCGCACCCCUGUUUAUCAGACAGGAACGAAGACUGCACAUGUACAUUGUGUACUGCCAAAACAAGCCCAAAUCAGAGCACAUUGUUUCAGAGUACAUUGACACGUAUUUUGAGGAUUUAAAACAGAGGUUGGGCCACAGGCUACAGAUCACUGAUCUACUGAUCAAACCAGUGCAGCGGAUCAUGAAAUACCAGCUUCUGCUGAAGGAUUUCCUCAAGUUCUCCAAAAAGGCUGGUUUGGACACUGUAGAAUCAGAGAAAGCGGUAGAGGUGAUGUGUGUUGUUCCGAAACGCUGCAAUGACAUGAUGAAUGUUGGACGCCUCCAAGGAUUUGAUGGUAAAAUUGUAGCCCAGGGAAGACUGCUUCUGCAGGACACCUUCAUGGUCUCAGACCAGGAUGGUGGUCUCCUUUCCCGCAUGAAAGAGAGGCGCGUCUUUCUCUUCGAGCAGAUAGUUAUCUUCAGUGAACCUCUGGAUAAAAAGAAGGGCUUCUCCAUGCCGGGCUAUCUGUUUAAGAACAGCAUAAAGGUCAGUUGGUUGGGUCUAGAAGAGAGUCCUGACAAUGACCCUUGUAAGUUUAUUUUGACCUCAAGGUCAUCGACUGGCAGUACAGAGCACUAUGUGCUCCAUUCCUCCAACCGGGCGGUUUGCCAGGCCUGGAUCCAGCAGAUCAGCAGCAUCCUGGAGAACCAGAGAAACUUCCUUAAUGCACUGACUUCACCCAUUGAAUACCAACGGAACCAUGUUGGGGCAAGCGGUCUGGGUGGACCCAGCAGCAGUGGACUUCCAGGGGGUAGCAGCAGCUCUGCCAUGGGUCCCAGCUGUGGCUCUCGGUCCCGAGCUUCCCGAAUCCCUCAACCUUCUUCUCGUCUCCCCCAGCCAGUGCAGCAUCACCACGCCCCCGCCCCAGAUGACCGCACUUCAGGUACGUGUCCUCUUCCUGACCAGGACCUAAACGGUGAGGUCCCUAGGAUGCGGGUUCUGGAGAGUACCUUGAAGGAGCUACGCGAGGAUACCCAAUCAGGGACACCCAUUCCAAGAGCCACAGUCGCACCCCUGUCUCUUCCCCUAACAAAGCCCCAUCUCAAAGUCCCCUCACCCACUCUCUCCCCCUUAAAUCCUCAGAACUUUACAGUCCAGAAAGGCUCCCCAUUUUGGGCCUCAAUGUCAGUCUCGCCUACUGGCAGGCCUGGCUCUUACACAGAGCAGAGUGACACACUGAGUCGCAACCAGUGUCAGACUCGCAGGCACUCCACCCACAGUAAGGAGUUGGACCGCAUCAGUACUUGCUCUUCCACCAGUGAGCAGUCCCUGCAUUCAACUCACAGCAAUGGGAGUGAAAGUAGCAGCAGCAGCAGUGUGUCAACCAUGUUGGUGACCCAGGACUAUGUGGCUCUAAAAGAAGAUGAGAUCAGUGUGUAUCAAGGAGAGGUUGUGCAGACAUUGGCCUCUAACCAGCAAAACAUGUUUCUAGUUUUCCGUGCCGCCACAGAACAAGGCCCAGCAGCCGAGGGCUGGAUCCCUGGCUAUGUUCUGGGGCACACCUCCACCAUUAUUCCCGACUACCCUGAUGGAACCCUCAAGAAGUCCUCAUCGUGGCACACAGCUCUACGCAUCAGACGAAAGUCCGAAAAGAGAGAAAAAGAGGGAAAGAAGGAGAGCAAACCAGAGAAUGGCUAUCGCAAGUCUAGAGAUGGACCAGCAAAUAAGGUUUCUGUAAAGCUUUUGAAUCCCAACUACAUUUAUGAUGUUCCCCCAGAGUUUGUGGUCCCCUUGAGUGAGGUGGUGUGCGACAGGGGCGACAGUGUAACUCUCCGCUGUAAGAUCUGUGGGCAGCCCAAAGCCUCGGUCUGUUGGAGAGGGCCUGACCAGAGCACUCUCAGCAAUGGUGGAAGAUACACACUCACACACAGUGAGACAGGGGAAGUGACCCUCCGAAUCUCACCUGCCAUUUUGGACGACAGCGGCACCUACACCUGCAUCGCCUCUAAUGACGUGGGCUCAGUGACAUCAUCAGCCUACCUCAGGGUGCUUGGCACUUCCUGUGACGGGAUCCUCUGGAAGGAUAACUUUGAAUCCCUCUACACUGAAGUCAUGGAACUGGGGAGAGGCAGGUUUGCCGUCACUAAGUGGUGUGAGCAAAGAGGAAGCAGGCGAUCAGUGGCCACUAAGCUAGUAAAUAAGAAGCUAAUGCGUCGAGAGCAGGUGGUUCAAGAGCUGGGUGUCCUACAGUGUCUUCAGCAUCCUCACCUGGUGAGUCUGCUGGAUACCUACGAGACCCCAGCCAGUUACGUUCUCAUCCUGGAGAUUGCUGAUCAAGGUCGUCUCCUGGACUAUAUUGUUAGCUGGGGGAACUUGACAGAAGAAAAGGUGUCUCUUUACCUACGGGAUAUUCUCGAAGCUUUACACUACCUUCACACAUGCAGGAUUGCUCAUCUUGACUUGAAGCCCGAGAAUGUAUUAAUCGAGCAAACGUCAACCCAGCCUCUAGUUAAACUGACGGAUUACGGUGAUGCAGCACAUCUCUCCAACACCCCUUACAUCCACCCUCUGCUGGGCAGCCCAGAGUUCUCCGCCCCUGAGCUGGUGCUGGGUGAACCAGCGGCUCUGGCGUCUGACCUCUGGAGUCUAGGCGUGUUGGCGUACUUGAUGCUCAGUGGGGCUUCCCCUUUCCUGGACGAGAGUGUCGAGGAGACCUGCCUCAACAUCUGCCGUCUCGACUUCAGCUUCCCGGAGGACUACUUCCGCAGCGUGAGUCAGGCAGCGAGGGACUUCGUAUGCAUCUUACUCCAAGGCGAGCCAUGCAGACGUCCCUCUGCGCAGGUUUGCCUGCGUGAGGAGCCAUGGCUGCAGCCCAACGCGGCCUCUGGCGCAGCUCGCCUCGACACUUCCAGACUCAUCUCUUUUAUAGAGCGGAGGAAACAUCAGAACGACCUGCGACCCGUGGCCAGUUUCCAAGCAUUCCUGCGUAGUCGCCUACUUAGCCAGACCUGAGAGAGACGUAGAGUGGAAAUCCAAUUGUAAGCUAGUUCUCCUGCCGUUCUAUUAAUGAAAGUAUAGGUUAUAAAUAGGAAAUCUCAUCCUCCUUUUAGAGUCAUUCUGAAAUGGUUCUGGGUCUCUGUUACUGUAACUGCUGCUGACAAAACUCUGAAGUCCCCUUUUCCAACCCUUCAAAAAAAUCAUUUCAGCUACAUGUACAUGUUCUCUCUUUGUAUGGACAAAACUCACCAGAAACAAAUGUGAAUUAAGAAGGGGGGGGGGGAGGGGGAUUCUUUUGAAGGUUUUUUCCCUGAGCCAGAAAGCUUUAGACAGUAUUUCAGUCAGGUUGUUUCAGUGGAGUACUGUAAUUUGAAUAGCUACAUUCAGGAAAGAUUACAUUUUGUACAACCCAUGUAUAGAAGCACAGUAAAGAUGAUACAAAUAAAAAGCUUAUUUAAAGAUUUGAAGGGAAGUAAAAUAGGUUACAUUAUGGCGUUCAUCUCAAGUUCCAUGUUUGAUAAACAUACCGUCAUAUUGGAAAUCAGGCAUAACAAAUGAAACAACUUUUAACAGCUGCAACUCUUUCGCACAAGGGGAGUAAAAGACAAGCUUUUCAUUUCAAUUCGCGUCUGUCUAUCAGCCUUAUGUUGUAAAUAAACUGGACCUGCCUUCAUUCAUGUUAAUUUGCCGUGUUUGACAUGCUUUCUCAUUGGCUGAUCAUGACUUUCAACUGACCAGUUAGAAUACAAACUGGAAAGCCGCCGAAGGCAGGAAGUGUUGGUAACCACAGCAGAUGUGUGUACUCUUUGUAACUUGUUGAAAUGUGCAAUGUUGGGGCUUUAACAUUUUGCAGCUAUUUAUAAUGAUUCGUGUUAAAUCAACAUUGUUAAGUACAUGUAUCGGCCACUGCGAGUUGAGAUAUGAUGUAUCCGUGGCUCUUUUGCUGAGUUUUCUGUGUUCAGUAUUAUUUUGUAAGCUUAAGCCUCAUUGGUGAAAAAUCAUUUGUGUCUUUGUCACACUUAUGAAUGUCGUUAUUUUUAUCGUUAUACCAAAGUUAAUCCUCAUGUACCUAAAUGCUUCUUCUCCCUGUUUGGUGGUUAUAAUUUGUAACAAUACGUUAUGAAUGCAGUUCUGACUCCUGGAGCAGGAGUUUACUUGUAUUGAUUGUUGAUUUAUUUAUUGUGUCUUGUUCGGUUUUUGUUAAUCGAAUUUAAUUGAAGUAGUGCUUCAUAUUGUCAGAUUAUUAGGAAUUUUUAUUUCCAUAUCUGCUCAUUGUAGCAGUAGCCUAGUCUGUUAAUGUAAGUUUGCAUGACUAAAUGAAUUAUUCUUUGUUUUCAGUUCACUUUAUUUUAAAUACAAUGAGAUGAAUCGUUCCCCGUGUACUGUACCUGUUGUACGGGGAAAAAGUAGCAAGUUAAUUGCCUCCAUAUUGUGGGUUGAAGUUGAAGAGGCAAGUUGCAGUGGUCUAAUAAUCCAAAAUAACAACCCUUGUCACUAAAACCUAGUUGCAGUUAUUUUAUUGCUGAAUAUAAAGGAGGUAAAUAAUAUGCUGGGUCAGUAAUGUUAGUAUAAUUUUUCAUGUUUUAUUUAAGUUAGUUUCUCAUAAUGUAUAGAUGUACAGACACCAUAAAAAAAACUGGAAGUAGCGACGCCCUGUUUUUUACAUAGCAAUGUCAUUUUGAAUGUUUUGACUCGAUAUUAAUUUUGCAUGUAUAUUUCUUUGUACAGAAACCAUACAUGUUUGCACAUUCUGUGCUGUACAUAAGUUACUUUACCCUCAGUUAUUUUUGAGAUUAAAA